AUGUCAUCAAUUAAUAAUAAUACAACAUCAAAUCCAAAAGAUCUAAGAAAAGAAAUUGAAUUUACAAUGUUAGAUUUUAAUGAUAAUAAUAAAACCAAAACAAUUGGUAAUAUUAAUAUAGAUGAUAGUUCAUAUAUAGAAGAAGAAGAUAAAACUUAUAUUUAUAAUACUACCGUAGAAGAUAUUUCGUCAAAUUAUGAAGAAGAUGAUAAUGAAGAAGAUGAUGAAGAUGAUGAUGAAGAUGAAGUUGAUUUACAAGAUUUAGAUGAUGAAGUAAAAGAAAGAAUAUCUAAAGAAAGUAAUGAUACAGAAAUUGAAGAUGAUGAUGAAUUUGUUAAAAAUAAAUCUCAACAAACUAACAAAUCAACUACGGAUGCAACAAUUUCAGCAAUAAAAGAAAAUCCAAUUAAAAAAUUCCUUGUAAAACAUGAAAUACCGAGAAAGAUUUUCCAUUCAUCAAUUGGUAUUUUAACAUUAUGGUUAUACACCAAAGGAACAACAGUUCCACAAUUAUUUAUCCCAUUAUUUACUGCAUUUAUUUUGGUAUUAGCAAAUGAUUUAAUAAGAUUAAAUAAUCCUGAAAUAAAUAACUUUAUAACUUCCAAAAUGUGGUUUAUUAUAAGAGAAAGUGAAAAAGAUUCUUAUAAUGGAGUAUUAUUUUAUUUAGCUGGUGUUUUAAUUGUUUUAUAUUUAUAUCCAAAAGAUAUAAGUGUAUUGAGUAUAUUAUUAUUGAGUUGGGCUGAUACUGCUGCUUCAACCGUUGGUAGACAAUUUGGGAAAUAUACUCCAAAAAUUAGUGAAAAUAAAUCAUUAGCUGGUAGUUUGGGUUCUUUUGUUACCGGUGUCUUUGCUUCUUACUUAUGGUAUGGGUUUUUCAUUCCAAGUUAUCCAGUAAAUAAACCAGGUGAAAUAUUUUGGUCACAGAAUCAUAGUUAUUUAAAUAUUCAUAAUUUUUCAUUAAUCGUUGGGUUAGUUGCAAGUGUUUCUGAAUUUAUUGAUUUAUGGGGAUUAGAUGAUAAUUUUACAAUACCUGUUUUAAGUGGUACUUCAUUAUAUUGGAUUGCCAAUUUAGCACAUACUUAA